AUGCUGUUCCCUGCCCUCCUCUUUGGGAUGGCAUUGGCACUGGCUAAUGGGCGGUGGUGUGAGCAGACGGAGACCAUCCUGGGGGAGGAGGAGGUGACCCCCCGUCAGGAGGAGCUGGUGCCCUGCACCAGCCUCUACCGUUACCAGCGCCUGGGCUGGCGGCUGGACCUGUCCCGGCGUGGGCGUGCAGGGCUCUGUCCUGUCUACAAGCCCCCAGAAACCCGGCCUGCUGCAUGGAACCGGACGGUGAGGGCUUGCUGCCCAGGCUGGGGGGGCACCCACUGCACCCUGGCCCUUGCAGAAGCCAGUCCUGAGGGCCACUGCUUCGCCACGUGGCAGUGCCAGCUGCGGGCAGGCCUAGCUAAUGCUUCUGCAGGAAGCCUGCAGGAGUGCUGUGCCCGGCCUUGGGGACACAGCUGGCAGGACGGCAGCUCCCAGGUCUGCCUCAGCUGCUCCCGCCUACAACUCCCAGGCAACACCCCCUCUCCGGCCCUCCUGCAGCCCCUGGCAGGGGCCGUGGCCCAGCUCUGGAGCCAGCGCCAGCGUCCCUCAGCCACCUGCGCUACCUGGUCAGGCUUCCACUACCGAACCUUUGAUGGGCGCCACUACCACUUCCUGGGCCGCUGCACCUACCUGCUUGCGGGUGCUGCUGAUUCCACCUGGGCUGUCCGCCUUGUGCCCAGGGGGCAUUGUCAGCAGCUGGGGCACUGUCAGCUGGCCCGGGUGAUGAUGGGACCUGAGGAGGUGCUGAUCCAGGGUAGAAAUGUCUCUGUGAACGGGCAGCUGAUUCCUGACGGGGAGUCUCGGCUGCUCCCCGGGCUGAGCCUGCAGUGGCAAGGGGACUGGCUGGUGCUGUCAGGGGGCCUGGGGGUCGUUGUGCGGCUGGACAGGUCCAGUUCGGUCUCCGUUUCUGUGGACCACGAGCUCCAGGGACAGACUCAAGGCCUCUGUGGUGUCUACAAUGGCCGGCCUGAGGAUGACUUCUUGGAGCCGGGUGGGGGGCUGGCUGUGUUUGCUGCCACCUUUGGGAAUUCCUGGAGGCUCCCCGAGUCAGAGCCUGGGUGUCUGGAUGCAGUGGAGGUGGCCCCAGGCUGUGACGACCCCCUGAGGGGCACAGAGGCAGGCAUGGAGGCUGGCCAACUGCGGGCUGAAGCCCAGGAUGUGUGCCACCAACUGCUGGAAGGUCCAUUCAGGGAAUGCCAUGCCCAGGUCCCCCCUGCUGAGUACCACGAGGCCUGCCUCUUUGCCUACUGUGCUGGGGCCCCAGUGGGCAGUGGGCAAGAAGGGCGGCGGGCGGCUGUGUGCGCCACCUUGGCCAACUACGCCCAGGACUGUGCCAGGCGGCGCAUCCACGUGCGCUGGAGGAAGCCCGGCUUCUGCGAGCGCCUGUGCCCGGGAGGCCAGCUGUACUCGGACUGCGCCUCGGCCUGCCCGCCCAGCUGCUCCGCCGUGGGCGCGGGAGGGGAGGGGUCCUGCGGGGAGGAGUGCGUUAGCGGCUGCGAGUGCGCGCCCGGCCUCUUCUGGGACGGCGUCCUCUGUGUGCCUGCUGCCCGCUGCCCCUGCUACCACCGCCACCGGCGCUACUCCCCUGGUGACACCGUGCGCCAGCUGUGCAACCCAUGCGUGUGCCAGGACGGCCGCUGGCUCUGCGCGCAGGCGCCGUGCCCCGCCGAGUGCGCGGUGGGCGGGGACGGGCAUUACCUCACCUUUGAUGGACGGAGCUUCUCCUACCGCGGCAGCCCUGGUUGCCGCUCCAGCCUGGUGCAGGACUUCGCCAAGGGGCAGCUGCUGAUUGUGCUGGAGCACGGGGCCUGCGACUCUGGGAGCUGCCUCCGUGCCAUCGCUGUCUCCUUGGGGGACACCCACGUCCAGCUCAGGGACUCAGGAGCUGUGCUGGUUGAUGGGCAGGAUGUGGGCUUGCCCUGGAAAGGCCCCGAGGGCCUCAGCCUCUCCCGAGCCUCCUCCACCUUCCUGCUGCUGCGCUGGCCUGGGGCCCAGGUGCUCUGGGGAGUGUCCGACCCUGCAGCUUACAUCACCUUGGAUCCCCGCCAUGCCCACCAGGUGCAGGGUCUGUGCGGCACCUUCACCAGGAACCAGCAAGAUGACUUUCUGACACCUGCCGGUGAUGUGGAGACCAGCGUUGCCGCCUUUGCUAGCAAGUUCCAGGUGGCAGGCGAGGGAAAGUGCCCCUCGGAGGACAGAGUCCUGCUUUCCCCCUGCAGCACCCACGCUCAGCUCCAUGUUUUCGCCGAGGCAGCCUGUGCCUUCCUGCGUGGCCCGGCCUUCCAGGAGUGCCACAGGCUGGUGGACAGGGAGCCGUUCCACCUGCGCUGCUUGGCAGCCGUGUGUGGCUGUGCCCCCGGCAGGGACUGCCUGUGUCCUGUGCUCGCUGCCUAUGCUCGCCGCUGUGCCCAGGAGGGUGCCUUGCCUCCCUGGAGGAACGAGACCCUCUGCCCUGUCCUGUGUCCUGGUGGCCAGGAGUACCAAGAGUGUGCCCCAGCAUGUGGUCGAAACUGUGGGGAGCCAGAAGACUGUGGGGAGCUGGGCGGCUGUGUGGCCGGUUGUAACUGCCCCUUGGGGCUGCUGUGGGACCCCGAGGGCCAGUGUGUGCCCCCCAGCUUGUGCCCCUGCCAGCUUGGAGCGCAUCGAUAUGCCCCUGGCAGUGCCACCAUGAGGGACUGCAACCACUGUGUCUGCCAGGAGCGGGGCCUCUGGAACUGCACUGCUCGCCACUGUGCCCCACAGCGGGCAUUCUGCCCCCGUGAGCUUGUCUAUGUUCCUGGUGCCUGCCUCCUCACCUGUGACAGCCCCAGUGCCAACCAGUCCUGCCUCCGGGGCAGCAUGGGGGGCUGUGUCUGUCCCCCAGGCACCGUGCUGCUGGAUGAGCGCUGUGUGCCUCCCGAGCUCUGUCCCUGCCGUCACGGCGGGCAGUGGUAUCCACCCAACGCCACCAUCCAGGAGGACUGCAACAUUUGUGUGUGUCAGGGCCGGCAGUGGCACUGCACGGGCCAGCGGUGUGGUGGAUGGUGCCAGGCAUCGGGUGCCCCGCACUAUGUGACAUUCGAUGGGCUGGCCCUCACCUUCCCCGGGGCCUGCGAAUAUCUGCUGGUGCGAGAGGCCAGUGGCCGGUUCGCUGUCUCUGCCCAGAACCUGCCCUGCGGGGCCAGCGGCCUCACCUGCACCAAGGCGCUGACCGUGCGGCUGCAGAACACUGUUGUGCACAUGCUCAGAGGCCAGGCGGUGACGGUAAAUGGGGUGAGCGUGACACCCCCCAAGGUCUACACGGGCCCCGGGCUGAGCCUGCACCGGGCUGGCCUCUUCCUGCUGCUCAGCACCCGCCUGGGCCUCACCCUGCUCUGGGAUGGAGGCACCCGGGUCCUGGUGCAGCUGUCCCCCCAGUUCCGUGGCCGUGUGGCUGGGCUGUGUGGAGACUUUGAUGGAGAUGCCAGUAACGACCUUCGGAGCCGCCAGGGAGCCCUGGAGCCCACGGCUGAGCUGGCCGCCCACUCCUGGCGCCUCAGUCCCCUCUGCCCCGAGCCAGAGGACCUGCUGCACCCCUGCAUCGUGAAUGCCCACCGGGCCAGCUGGGCUCGCGCCCACUGCGGGGUGAUGCUGCAGCCGCUCUUUGCGCGGUGCCACGCGGAGGUGCCCCCACAGCAGCACUACGAGUGGUGUGUGUACGACGCCUGCGGCUGCGAUUCGGGGGGCGACUGUGAGUGUCUCUGCUCAGCCAUCGCCACCUACGCAGACGAGUGUGCCUGGCACGGGAUCCAUGUGCGCUGGCGAAGCCAGGAGCUCUGCCCUCUGCAGUGUGAAGGGGGGCAGGUGUAUGAGGCCUGUGGCCCCACAUGUCCCCCCACCUGCCAUGACCAUGGUCCUGAGGCCGGGUGGCACUGCCAGGCUGUUGCCUGCGUGGAGGGCUGUUUCUGCCCUGAGGGGACUCUGCUGCACGGAGGAGUCUGCUUGGAGCCGACCUCCUGCCCCUGUGAGUGGGGGGGCAGCUUCUUCCCGCCGGGGACUGUGUUGCAGAAGGACUGUGGGAACUGCACGUGCCAGGAAAGUCAGUGGCUUUGUGGAGGUGACGGUACGCGCUGUGAGGAGCCGGUGCCUGGCUGUGCGGAGGGAGAGGCCCCAUGCCGGGAGAGCGGGCACUGUGUGCCCCCCGAGUGGCUUUGUGACAACCAGGAUGACUGUGGCGACGGCUCAGACGAGGAGGGCUGUGCCACUCCAGGCUGUGGGGAGGGGCAGAUGUCUUGCAGCUCCGGCCUCUGCCUGCCCCUGGCCCUGGUCUGUGAUGGGCAGGAUGACUGUGGAGACGGGAUGGACGAGCAGGGCUGCCCAUGCCCCCAGGACUCGCUGGCCUGUGCUGACGGGCGCUGCCUGCCCUCAGCUCUGCUCUGUGAUGGACACCCGGACUGUCCAGACGCUGCUGACGAGGAGUCCUGUCUGGGGCAGGUGAACUGCAGCCCUGGGGAGGUGUCCUGUGUUGAUGGCACCUGCGUGGGGGCCAUCCAGCUGUGUGACGGAAUCUGGGACUGCCCAGAUGGAGCUGAUGAGGGGCCUGGGCACUGCCCCCUCCCCUCUCUGCCCACUCCUCCAGCUGGCACCCUGACUGGCCCCUCUACUGGCUCCCAGGAGACUGCACCAACUGCCCUGGCCAGCACCAGCCCCGCGCCGCCCUGCGGCCCCUUCGAGUUUCCGUGCGGCAGCGGCGAGUGCGCCCCGCGGGGCUGGCGUUGCGACGGGGAGGAGGACUGCACCGACGGCAGCGACGAGCGUGGCUGCGGCUGGCCCUGCGCGCCCCACCACGCGCCCUGCGCCCGCGGCCUGCACUGCGUGGCCCUGGAGCGGCUGUGCGACGGCGUGCCGCAAUGCCCCGACGGCUCGGACGAGGGCCCCGACGCCUGCGAGGGGCUGCCGGCCCCAGGAGGCCCCAACGGGACUGGGGUGCCCUGCCCAGAAUAUUCCUGUCCGGAUGGCCUCUGCAUCAGCUUCCAGCUGGUGUGUGACGGGCACCCUAACUGUGAAUUGGCAGGGGGGGCAGGGCCCUCCCCCGAAGAACGGGGCUGUGGGGCCUGGGGCCCGUGGGGCCCAUGGGGCCCCUGCAGCCGGACGUGUGGCUCUGGGGUGCAGGUCCGGAGCCGCCGCUGCUCCCCACCCGGCCUCCCCGUGCUGCAGCACUGCCCUGGCCCCGAGCACCAGACGCAGGCCUGCUUCACAGCUGCCUGUCCAGUGGAUGGUGAGUGGACCCCCUGGUCUUCCUGGUCCUCAUGCUCUGAGCCCUGCGGGGGCACUAUGAGCCGGCAGCGGCAGUGCCACCCGCCCCAGAACGGGGGCCGGACCUGUGCCAUGCUGCCCGGGGGCCCUCCCAGCACCCACCAGACCAGGCCCUGCCCCCAGGACGGCUGCCCCAAUGCCACCUGCUCUGGGGAGCUGGUGUUCCGGCCCUGUGCCCCCUGCCCUCUGACCUGCGAUGACAUCUCUGGGCAGGCCGUGUGCCCCAAUGACCAGCCCUGCAGCAGCCCAGGCUGCUGGUGCCCUGCAGGGCAGGUGCUGGGUGCUGAGGGGCGGUGUGUGUGGCCCCGGAAGUGCCCCUGCCUGGUGGAUGGCUCCCGCUACUGGCCUGGGCAGCGCAUCAAGGUCGACUGCCGGCUCUGCGUCUGCCAGGACGGGCGGCCCCGGCGCUGCUGGCCCGACCCCGACUGUGCCGUGAACUGUGGCUGGUCAUCGUGGUCCCCCUGGGCUGAGUGCCUGGGCCCCUGUGGGAGCCAGAGCGUUCAGUGGGCCUUCCGGAGCCCCAACAACCCCCAUCUCUCCGGCCGAGGUCGCCAGUGCUGGGGCAUCUACCGCAAGGCCCGCAGGUGCCAGACGAGGCCCUGCGAGGGCUGUGAGCAGCAGGGCUGGGUCCACCACGUCGGGGAGCGCUGGCGCCGGGGCCCCUGCACGGUCUGCCAGUGUCUGCACAACAGCACUGCACGCUGCUCCCCCUACUGCCCGCUGGGCAGCUGCCCCCAGGACUGGGUCCUGGUGGAAGGAAUGGGAGAGUCGUGUUGCCACUGUGCCCCACCUGGAGAGAACCAGACGGUCUACCCCAUGGCUGCACCCACCCCCACUCCAGCCCCAAGUCCCCAGAUGGGACCCCCUCUGAUCACCUACGUUCUGCCUCCACCCGGAGACCCCUGCUAUUCUCCCCUGGGCCUAGCCCGACUCCCCAAGGGGAGCCUGCGUGCGUCGCCUCGGCAGCUGGAGCACCCCACCCGGGCUGCCCUCGUAGGGGCUCCCACCGAGGGGCCCAGCCGUCACAGCUGGAGCCCCGUAGAGGACGCUCACUCUCAGAGGUACACCCGGCCCCCCUACCUGCAGCUGGACCUGCUGCGGCCCCGGAACCUCACUGGCAUCGUAGUGCAGGAGGCUGGGUCCUCAGACUUUCUCCAGUUCAGCAGUGAUGGUCUACACUGGCACAGCUACCGUGACAUCCUGCCUGGUGUCCUGCCGCCACCCAAGCUUGUCCCUUGGAACUGGGAUGACGUGACCCCUGCAGUGCGGACCUUCGGUAGGAUGGUGCAGGCGCAGCACGUCCGGGUGUGGCCCCAUGAUGUCCACCACAGUGACACCCACCGCAGUGAUGCCCACCGUGGCGUCUCCCUGGGGGUGGAGCUGCUGGGCUGUGAGCCAGUGUCCCCGCUGGUGGCACCCCUGUGCCCAGGGGUCGGGCACCACUGUGCCAGUGGUGAGUGUGCCCCAAGGGGGGCCCCGUGUGAUGGUGUGGAAGACUGCGAGGACGGCUCUGAUGAGGAGGGCUGUGCAUCCCUGCCCGCAGGCACUGGCAGCGUCCCGUCCACAGCCAGGACCCUGGCCCUCUCCUCCACCCCACCCGGACAGCUGCCCCCCCAGCCCAGAGAGGGUCUGGCAGAGCCUAAACGCUGGCAUCCCGGACAGGGGUCACCCGUGCCCCCCACAGGGAAGGGGCCAGUGAGUUACGUCCCAGCCUCCGAGGCUCCUCGCCAGACUCCUGCGGAAUCCGUGCAGACCGUGACCACCCCCCUCACACCCCAGCCCAAGGCCGAGGCCCUGCAACUGGAAAUGGCAGCCAUGACAGAGCUCUCCCCCCACCCGAUGACUCCAGUGGCCCCUGCUGGCCAGAGCGUUGCCCCGGGGCCCUUCCCGCUAGUGCAGUGCGGCCCAGGCCAGGUGCCCUGCGAGGUGCUGGGCUGCGUGGACCAGGAGCAGCUGUGUGACGGGAGAGAGGACUGUCUGGACGGCUCCGAUGAGAGGCACUGCGCUCUGGAAUCACUUAUGUGGCUCCCUUUCUGUCCCCCUCCACGGGCAGCAGGCACUGAGCCAUUCACGGUGCCCACCACCACGGCCCUGCCUGGGCUGCCGGCCUCACCAGCUCUCUGCUCCCCUAGCCAGCUGAGCUGUGGCAGUGGGGAAUGCCUGCCCGCCGAGCGGCGCUGCGACCGGCACCCCGACUGCCAGGAUGGCUCGGAUGAGGAUGGCUGUGUGGACUGUGGGCUGGCACCCUGGUCUGGCUGGAGCAGCUGCAGCCGUAGCUGUGGCCUGGGCCUCGCCUUCCAGCGCCGGGAGCUGCUGUGGCCUCCCCUGCCUGGGGGCAGCUGCCCGCCUGACCGGCUCCGCAGCCAGCCCUGCUUCAUGCAGGCCUGCCCAGUGGCUGGGGCGUGGGCUGUGUGGGGGGCCUGGGGGCGCUGCAGCGUCUCCUGUGGAGGUGGCCAUCGGAGUCGCCGGAGGAGCUGUGUGGACCCCCCGCCCAAGAAUGGUGGCGCCCCCUGUCCUGGGGCCUCCCAAGAGAGAGCACCCUGCGGCUUGCAGCCCUGCACAGGGGGCACAGACUGUGGGCUGGGCCGUGUGCACGUUAGUGCUGAGUUGUGCCAGAAGGGGCUGGUGCCCCCAUGCCCACCCUCCUGCCUGGAUCCCGAGGCCAACAGAAGCUGCAGUGGACGCUGUCUGGAGGGAUGCCGCUGCCCCCCUGGGCUCCUCCUCCACGACAGUCGCUGCCUGCCCCUCUCCCAGUGCCCCUGCCUUGUGGGCGAAGAGCUGAAGCAGCCAGGGGUGCCCUUCCUCCUGGACAACUGCAGCCAGUGCACCUGUGAGAAGGGCGUGCUGCUGUGUGAACCAGGGGGCUGUCCUGUGCCCUGCGGCUGGUCAGCCUGGUCCUCCUGGGGUCCCUGCGACCGCUCCUGUGGCUCUGGAGUGAGGGCCAGGUUCAGGUCUCCCUCCAACCCUCCAGCCGCCUCUGGCGGUGCCCCGUGUGAAGGCGACAGGCAGGAGGUGCAGGCCUGCCACACGGAGUGCGGGACAGAGGCACUGGGCUGGACGCCCUGGGCACCCUGGUCCUCCUGCUCCCUGAGCUGUCUCGUCCCUGGAGGGGGCCCCGGCUGGCGCAGUCGAUCCCGGCUCUGCCCCAGCCCCAGGAACACGUCCUGCCCAGGAGAGGCCACCCAGGAGGAACCCUGCAGCCCCCCUGUGUGCCCAGUGCCAAGUGUGUGGGGUCUGUGGGCCCCUUGGUCCACCUGCUCAGCCCUCUGUGAUGGAGGCAUCCAGACACGUGGGCGCAGCUGCUCUGGCUCGGCUCCUGGGGACCCUGAGUGCCAAGGACCCCACAGCCAGACCAGGGACUGCAACACGCAGCCCUGCACAGCUCAGUGCCCAGGAGACAUGGUGUUCCGCUCAGCGGAGCAGUGCCGCCAGGAGGGGGGCCCGUGCCCUCGGCUGUGCCUGGCACAGGGCCCUGGGGUGGAGUGCACGGCCUUCUGUGCGCCCGGCUGCACCUGCCCCCCUGGCCUCUUCCUGCACAACGCCAGCUGCCUGCCCCACAGUCAGUGCCCCUGCCAGCUACACGGGCAGCUUUACGCGCCAGGAGCAGUGGCUCAGCUGGACUCCUGCAACAACUGCACCUGCAUCUCUGGCGAGAUGGUGUGCACCUCGGAGCUCUGCCCAGUGGCCUGUGGCUGGAGCCCCUGGACCCCGUGGACGCUCUGCAGCCGCAGCUGCAACGUGGGCAUUCAGCGGCGCUUCCGGGCGGGCACUGCACCCCCGGCUGCCUUCGGGGGGGCUGUCUGCCAGGGCCCCAACAUGGAGGCCAAAUUCUGUAGCUUGCGGCCAUGUCAAGGUACUGGUGGGGAGUGGGGUCCCUGGUCUCCAUGCUCCGUGCCCUGCGGUGGUGGCUACCGGAACCGCACCCGAGGUAGUGGCCCGCACAGCCCGAUGGACUUCUCCACCUGUGGCCUACAGCCCUGUGCAGGGCCCGUGCCUGGCAUGUGUCCCAGGGGCAAGCGGUGGCUGGACUGUGCCCAGGGCCCUGCUUCCUGUGCAGAGCUCAGCGCUCCUCAAGGGACUAACCAGACCUGCCACCCCGGCUGCUACUGCCCUUCCAGAAUGCUCCUGCUGAACAAUGUGUGUGUGCCCACCCAGGACUGCCCCUGUGUCCACGGGGGGCACCUCCACCCCCCGGGCAGCGCUGUGCUUCGUCCGUGUGAGAACUGCUCCUGUGUCUCUGGGCUGAUCACCAACUGCACCUCCUGGCCUUGUGCGGAGGGUCAGCCCACGUGGUCGCCCUGGACCCCCUGGAGCGAGUGCUCGGCCUCCUGUGGCCCUGCCCGACGCCACCGGCACCGCUUCUGCACCAGGCCCCCUGGCGUGGUGCCAUCCAGCGAGGUGCUGCUGCCCCCACCGGCCUCAGCCACGCCUCUUUGCCCAGGCCCCGAAGCUGAGGAAGAGCCCUGCCUCCUGCCAGGAUGUGAUCGAGCUGGGGGCUGGGGUCUUUGGGGGCCCUGGUCCAGCUGUAGCCGGAGUUGUGGGGGAGGCCUGCGGAGCCGGACCCGAGCCUGUGACCAGCCCCCACCCCAGGGCCUGGGCGAUUACUGCGAGGGGCCUCGGGCCCAGGGGGAGGCCUGCCAGGCUCUGCCAUGCCCAGUGACCAACUGCACUGCCAUUCAGGGGGCCGAGUACAGCCACUGUGGCCCUCCCUGUCCACGCUCCUGUGACGACCUAGUGCACUGUGUGUGGCACUGCCAGCCCGGCUGUUACUGCCCCCCGGGCCAGGUGCUUAGUGCUGACGGGGCCAUCUGCGUGCAGCCUGGCCACUGCAGCUGCUUGGACCUGCUGACUGGGGAGCGGCACCGUCCGGGCACUCAGCUGGCGAGGCCGGACGGCUGCAAUUACUGCACCUGCUCGGAGGGGAGGCUGACCUGCACAGACCUGCCUUGCCCAGUGCCUGGCGGCUGGUGCCCGUGGUCGGAGUGGACAGCGUGCACCCAGCCCUGCAGGGGCCAGACGAGGAUCCGCUCCAGGGCCUGCACCUGCCCCGCUCCUCAGCACAAGGGGGCCCCGUGCCCUGGGGAGGCCGGGGAGGCAGGGGUCCAGCAUCAGAGGGAGACCUGCCCCAACCCCACCACGUGCCCAGUGGACGGAGCCUGGAGCCCAUGGGGACCGUGGUCUCCCUGUGACACGUGCCUGGGGCAGUCCCAUCGAAGCCGGGUGUGUAGCUGGCCCCCCACCGAGGGAGGCAGGCCCUGUCCUGGGGGCCACAGGCAGAGUCGCCCCUGCCAGGACAAUUCCACGCAAUGCACAGACUGUGGGGGUGGCCAGGGGCUUCUUCCCUGUGGGCGGCCCUGCCCCCGUUCCUGCCAGGACCUGUCCCCAGGAAUCGAGUGCCAGCCAGGCUCAACGGGCUGCCAGCCCAGCUGUGGGUGCCCCCCCGGGCAGCUGUCCCAGGAUGGCCUUUGUGUGUCCCCUACCCACUGCCGCUGCCAGUACCAGCCUGGAGCCAUGGGGAUCCCUGAGAACCAGAGCCGGUCAGCAGGGUCUGGGCUCAGCUCCUGGGAGAGCCUGGAACCUGGAGAGAUGGUGACAGGGCCAUGUGACAACUGCACCUGUGUGGCGGGCAUCCUGCAGUGCCAAGAGGUGCCCGGCUGCCCUGGCCCUGGGGUGUGGGGCCCCUGGGGCCCCUGGGAGGACUGCAGUGUUUCAUGCGGGGGAGGGGAGCAGCUGCGCUCCCGUCGCUGCGCCCGGCCCCCCUGCCCGGGGCCUGCCCGCCAGAGCCGCACCUGCCACACGCAGGUCUGCAGAGAGGCAGGCUGCCCGGCUGGGCGACUGUACCGGGAGUGCCAGCCCGGCGAGGGGUGCCCCUUCUCCUGUGCCCACAUCACGCGGCAGGUGGGCUGCUUCUCCGAUGGCUGCGAGGAGGGCUGCCACUGCCCUGAGGGCACCUUCCAGCGCGGCUUGGCCUGUGUCCAGGAGUGCCCCUGUGUGCUGACGGCCUCACUGCUGCAGGAGCUGGGAGCCGCCAGCGCUGACCCUGGGGCUCGCCCACCCAUCCUGGGAGAGGGUGGUCAGCCCCUCGGGCCUGGAGAUGAGCUGGGCUCAGGCCAGACCCUCCGCGUAGGCUGCAGCAACUGCUCCUGUGUGCACGGGAAGCUGUCUUGCUCUGUGGAGGACUGCUCCAAGGCUGGUGGUGGCUUCGGUCCCUGGGGUCCAUGGGACCUGUGCUCCCGCUCCUGUGGCGGGCUGGGCACCCGCACUCGCAGCCGCCAGUGUGCACGCCCCACGCCCACUCCCGGCGGCCAGGGCUGCCUCGGGCCCCGCCAGGACCUCGAGUACUGCCUGAGCCCAGACUGCCCAGGGGCUGGAGGGUCCACAGUGGAGCCAGUGACGGGCCUUCCAGGCGGCUGGGGCCCGUGGUCCCCGUGGUCCCCCUGCUCCAGCAGCUGCACAGACCCCGCUCACCCUGCUCGGCGCAGCCGCACUCGCCUCUGCCUGGCGAACUGCACUGGGGGGGACACUUGGCAGGAGCGCCCUUGCAACCUGCCCUCCUGCACAGAGCUGCCCCUGUGCUCCAGCCCCGGCUGCGUGGCCGGGAACUGUUCCUGGACUGCCUGGGCCCCAUGGGAACCUUGCUCCCGAAGCUGUGGGGUGGGCCAGCAGCGCCGCCUGCGGGCAUACCGUCCCCCAGGGCCUGGUGGGCACUGGUGCCCUGAUAUCCUUACGGCUUACCAGGAGCGCCGCUUCUGCAACCUGCGUGCUUGCCCAGUGCCGGGAGGCUGGUCUCGCUGGAGCCCCUGGUCCUGGUGUGACCGGAGCUGUGGUGGGGGCCGAUCUCUGAGGAGCCGCCACUGCUCCAGCCCCCCACCCAAGAACGGGGGUGCCCCCUGUGUUGGGGAGAGGCACCAUGCUCGGCUCUGCAAUCCCAUGCCCUGUGAGGAGGGCUGCCCAGCAGGCAUGGAGGUGGUCAGCUGUGCCAACCGCUGCCCCCGCCGCUGCUCAGACCUCCAGGAGGGGAUCGUGUGUCAGGACGGCCAGGCCUGCCAGCGGGGCUGCCGCUGCUCCGAGGGCUCCCUGGAGCAGGACGGCGGCUGCGUGCCGAUUGGGCACUGCGAGUGCACAGAUGCCCAAGGCCACAGCUGGGCCCCGGGGAGCCAGCACCAGGAGGCCUGUAACAACUGCUCCUGCCAGGCCGGGCAGCUGUCCUGCACGGCUCAGCCCUGCCCGCCGCCCGCCCACUGCGCCUGGAGCCGCUGGUCAGCCUGGAGUCCCUGCAGCCGCUCGUGUGGGCCCCAGGGGCAGCAGAGCCGCUUCCGGUCCUCCACUUCCGGCUCCUGGGCCCCGGAGUGUCGAGAAGAGCAGUCCCAGAGUCAGCCCUGCCCUCAGCCCCCGUGCCCACCCCUGUGCCUGCACGGUGCCCACACCCGAACCCUGGGGGACAGCUGGCAGCAGGGCGAGUGCCAGCAGUGCUCCUGCACCCCGGAGGGCGUCAUCUGCGAGGACACCGAGUGUGCAGAGCCCGGGGCCUGGACGCUGUGGUCCUCCUGGUCCGACUGCCCUGUCUCCUGUGGAGGUGGAAACCAGGUCCGCACCCGGGUCUGCAUGGCUUUGGCUUCUCGCCUCCAGGCCCCCCGCUGCCUGGGGCCCGACACCCAGACCCAGCACUGUGGCCAGCAGCCUUGCCCAGGUCUGCCAGAGGCCUGCUCCUGGGGCCCGUGGGGGCCCUGUUCCAGCAGCUGCGGCCCGGGCCUGGCCUCCCGCUCUGGGUCCUGCCCCUGCCUGCUGGCCGAGGCCGACCCCACCUGCAAUGGUACCUUCCUCCACCUGGACACCAAAGCCUGCUACCCAGGGCCCUGUCUGGAGGAGUGCGUGUGGAGCAGCUGGAGCAGCUGGACGCCGUGCUCAUGCCAGGUGCCGGUCCAGCAGCGCUACCGACACCAGGGACCAGCUCCAGAAAGGGCGCAGGAGGGCCACCCCUGCACACGGCUGGACGGCCACUUCCGGCCUUGUCUCAUCAGCAACUGCUCUGAGGACAGCUGCACCCCUCCCUUUGAGUUCCAGGCCUGCGGCUCCCCAUGUGCCAGGCUCUGUGCCACACACCUGAGCCGUGGGCUCUGCCAGGACCUGCCGCCCUGCCAGCCUGGCUGCUACUGCCCUGAGGGGCUGCUAGAGCAGGCUGGGGGCUGCAUUCCCCCAGAGGAGUGUAGCUGCCUGCACAUCUCAGGAGAAGGAGCCGGGGUGACCCUGGCCCCUGGGGACCGCCUGCAGCUGGGCUGCAAAGAGUGUGAAUGCUGGCACGGGGAGCUGCAGUGCACCAGCCGGGGCUGUCAAGGUCUUCUGCCUCUCAGCGGCUGGUCUGAGUGGUCGCCCUGUGGGCCCUGCCUGCCCGCCGGUGUCCUGGCCCCUGCCUCCAGGGCUACCCUAGAGGAGCGCUGGCCCCGGGACCCAGCCAGCCUCUCCCCGACCUUGGCCCCCACGCUGGCUUCAGAGCAGCACCGCCAUCGCCUCUGUUUGGACCCUGAGACAGGGAGGCCGUGGGCCGGGGACCCAGACCUCUGCACCGCGCCACUCAGCCAGCAACGCCUCUGCCCGGACCCUCAAGCCUGCCAUGACUUAUGCCAGUGGAGUCUUUGGGGGCCCUGGAGCCCCUGCCAGGUGCCCUGCAGUGGGGGGUUCCGGCUACGCUGGAGAGAGGCAGGGGUCCCCCCUGGAGGAGGCUGCCGGGGGCCAUGGGCUCAGACCGAGAGCUGCAGCGUGGCGCCUUGUCCAGGGGAGAGCUGCGAGUCCCGGGACACCGUGCCCACCCCUGACUGUGCCAACCGGUGCCCUAGAAGCUGUGCUGACCUCUGGGACCGUGUGCAGUGUCUGCAGGGACCGUGCCGCCCAGGCUGCCGCUGUCCCCCUGGCCAACUGGUACAGGACGGGCACUGUGUGCCCAUCUCCUCUUGCCGUUGUGGCCUCCCCAGCCCCAAUGCCUCAUGGGUGCUGGCCCCGGCCGAGGUGGUGCAGCUGGACUGCAGAACCUGCACCUGUGUCAACGGGUCCCUGGUGUGUCCACGCCAUGAGUGCCCAGUCCUUGGGCCUUGGUCAGCCUGGAGCAGCUGCUCAGCUCCCUGUGGUGGGGGCACCACCGAGCGCCGUCGGAGCUGCGAGGAGGGUCCCUGGGGGACACCAUGCCAGGCCCAGGACACGGAGCAACGGCAGGAGUGUAACCCGCAGCCCUGCCCCGAGUGCCCACCUGGCCAGGUGCUCAGCACCUGUGCCACCUCGUGCCCGCGCCUCUGCUCACAUCUGCAGCCUGGUGACCUCUGUGUGCAGGAGCCCUGCCAACUUGGCUGUGGCUGCCCUGGAGGGCAGCUGCUGCACAAUGGCUCGUGUGUGCCCCCUGCCGCGUGCCCCUGCACCCAGAUCUCUCUGCCCUGGGGCCUCACCCUGACCCUUGAAGAGCAGGUCCGGGAGCUGCCCCCAGGAACUGUGCUCACAUGGAACUGCACCCGCUGUGUCUGCCAAAGUGGAGCCUUCAGCUGCUCCCUCGCUGACUGUCAGGAGUGCCCCCCCAGGGAAAUGUGGCAGCCGGUGGACCCUGGGGAGCCGGGGCCCUGUGAGCGGACAUGCCGGGAACCGAACACCACGGAGUCUCAGAGCAACUGCAGUGCAGGGCAGGUGCCAGGCUGCGUGUGCCGGCCCGGGCACUUCCGCAGCUGGGCAGGCCCCUGCGUGCCCGCAGACCGCUGCGAGUGCUGGCACCGCGGGCAUCCACACCCGCCUGGAUCCGAAUGGCAGGAGGACUGUGAGAGCUGCCGCUGCCUCGGUGGGAAGAGUGUCUGCACUCAGCACUGCCCCCUCCUCACCUGUGCCCAGGGCGAGGUGACCGUGCAGGAGCCAGGGAGCUGCUGUCCCACUUGCCGCCGGGAGACUCUGGAGGAGCAGUCAGCCUCCUGCCGGCACCUCACCGAGCUUCGCAACCUCACCAAGGGCCCCUGCCACCUGGACCAGGUGGAAGUGAGCUACUGCAGUGGGCACUGCCCAUCCAGCACCAAUGUCAUGCCUGAGGAGCCGUACCUGCAGAGCCAGUGCGACUGCUGUAGCUACCGCCUGGACCCUGAGACCCCCGUGCGGAUCCUGAACCUGCGCUGUCCAGGCGGCCACACAGAGCCGGUCGUCCUGCCGGUCAUCCACAGCUGUCAGUGCAGCGCCUGCCAGGGAGGUGAUUUCUCAAAGCGCUGAGGGCUCUGCAGGAGAUGCCCCGCUGCCACGCACGUGAUCGCCGGCCUCAGCAGCACUGACCCGUCCUCCCAUGCCCACGCAUCCACUCCCUGCCCUGGCACUAGCAUAUCCCAAAUAAAGUGACAUUG